AUGUUCCGCUUUCACAAGACCAAAGACAUCGUCACCCUCUUCCACAAGGCCAGCUCGCCGGCCUCAGUCCGGGUUGCCACUCUCCUGAAGCAGGCAUCGGCAAAUGCUACGGAGCAUGCCACAGAAGACCAGGCCAGCGACCACUCGGCACAGACGACCCCUCACCGCGCCGAGUUCGAGCUGAACAUCACCGAAGACCCUCCAACACCCGACCAGCUCCAGACCAUCCUGCAAUAUGUUGGCAAGUCUGCGAUUUCAAGCGUCGUAAAGGGUGCUUCGAGCGAGAGCGAGGCGCUGAAAAUCUUCAAGCAGAGUGCGGAGGCCUUCCAGCGGCCUGUGACGGUGGAUUGGAACAAUGGCAAGGCAAUCGCCGGAGCGGACGAAUCCAAAAUACUGAAGGCCCUGGACCAGAUCCCCAAGAAAUAA